AUGAAUACCACACCACGGCCCCCGGCGGAUGAGAGAAGCUGGCAGAUGGUGCACGACCAAGUCUUCAAAGCCAUGUAUGGCCUAGAACCCGUGGAGGCCAGGUACAUUCCGGCCCGAGAGAAGCUGAUAAGCCAUGCUAAAUUCAUUGACAAAUAUUUCAAUGUCGCUGAAUUAAUUUGCUUCAACUUUAACACGGCGCACGGGCAAAACAGCUGGAGUCGCACCGACCAUUCAUGGAGGGACAAUUGGCACACCCUCAGAGGUGAGGUAACAGCCCAAAUCUUUUGGAAGGCCCGCCGACAAUAG